UACGUUUAGAACUGGUUUACCAAUAACAUUAAACAGUGAACAGUGAACAGUGUACUUUAUCAAUUUCAAAGGAAUAGGAUAAUUUUUUCUGCUACUUAAUCUUUUCUAUAGUGAAGAAUAUACAGUGAAAACUUCAGUGAAAUAAGAAAAAGUGAAAAUGUAGAAAAAUCUCGAUAUGAAUAAAAAAUAUGAUCCUGAAUAUACCUAUUCCAUUCUGUCAGAAUAAGGCUGGAUUUCACGCCAAUCUCGCGGAUUAUCUCCAACUUGACUAAUGAAUGAAAUUGAAAUUGUAAAAUGUUUUGAUAAGAAGAAACCCCCAAUGUUGCAGUGAAGUAUGAUAAGGAAUAAAGUCAGAAAGACAUGUCACUUGAACGCAGGAACGCCAAACCACCGUCAACCGGCGGUAUAUUUGGGGGCGGAGGAACUUCUUCACCAAUCUUUGGAACUCUUCACAGAGGUUUUACGAAUGUGUUGCGAGAAUUAGAACAAAAGAAACCUCAACUUGAUGAACUAGUUCGUACUGCAGACAGUUUGAGAGACAGUCCUAUCAAACAGCAAAUACCAGCAAAAGAUGUUUGGUUAGUUGAGUGUCCAGUUUCCCAAUUCUACCAUUUAAGAGUGUGUCUAAAAGGUGAAAUGAAUGAAUUCAAGAGUGAACUAACAAAAACAGUGAAAGAUAAACUUAGUUACUAA